AUGAUGAAAUUCCAGAGAUCAGAUGAAGAGGUGGAGUGCGGUGGAGAGAAAGAAGCUGAUUUCUUCAAUCAGAACGAAGAGCAAGCAAAAGUUGCAGGAGACCAGAAUUUACUGAGUAACGAAAAGAAGAUUAAAGAUGAGUCCAGGUCUAUGGAGAAUUUGGUAGAAGCAAUCGAGAAGGAAGACACGAAAUCCUCAGACUAUCAGCCGUAUGAAUUUGAACCUAGAACACGAUCCAAUCAACCACAAGAGAACCAUGUUAAAUAUGAGAAUGCUGUUUAUGACCAUCCCUUCGGAAUGGAAGUCAUCAACUUACAAUGUGUGAAGUGUGGUGAAUGUGGUUACAUCACUAUUGAUCGGAAAUGUUGUCUCUAUUGCCAGAACUCAACUGUUGAAUUGUGUCAGCAAGCGUCGAAUGAAUUUCCUCGUCCCUCGAACUCUAAACAAGAAGAUGGAAUCCCAGAGAAAACGACCGUCGUUCCGCCGAGGCUGGUCGAAGAAGGAAAUGUGAAGAGAGAAGAUGAGAGAGACGAAGAAGUGGAAGAACUGGUGGAUUAUUCGAAAUUACAUUGGAUGAAGUUCUUGCUGAGAAGACACGAAAGAAGCUUAUUGCAAAUGAACAGGUUGCAGGAAGUUAAACAUUGA